AUGUAAUGAUUAAUUUAUACAAUUAAUCGUGUGUAUAAUUAAUAAAUAAAUAAUUAAUUAAUUGUAGAUAACUAUGGAAGACAAAGUUGAAAAAAUGGAGCAAAGUGAGGAGAGUGAAGAUUCAAUGGACGAGGAUGUUGAUGCUGUAGAAGAGGAGGAAGAGGAAGACGAAGGAAUCGAAACUGAAGAAAAUAAAGAGAGUGAAGUUUAUUUACCAGGGAAACCUUUAGAUAAUGAUGAACAUUUAGUUGUUGAUGAAUCGGCUUAUAGAAUGCUACAUAGUGCUCAAACUGGAGCUCCCUGUUUGAGUUUCGACGUUAUUCAGGAUGAUCUUGGAUCAGGACGUGAAGUUUAUCCUUUGUCAAUGUAUUUGUUAGCAGGAACUCAGGCUGCUAAAACACAUUUGAAUAGUUUGCUGGUAUUGAAAAUAACAAAUUUAACUGGAACAAAUGAAAAUAAAGACGAUGAUGAGAGUGAAUCCGAGGAUGAGGACGAGGAUGCUGAGAAUGGCCCUAAGAUGAGUGUGGCCUCGAUAAAACACCAGGGAUGUGUCAACAGAGUCAGAUGUACCCAGUUUUCAGGCGCGACGUUUGCUGCGAGUUGGAGUGAGCUUGGAAGAGUUAAUUUGUGGAAUUUAGACGAACAGCUGAAAGCAUUAGAGAGUCCAGCCACAUUGUCGGCUUACAAUAAAAGAGCUGAGAAAUUAACUGAAAGCCCGAAGCCUUUUUUCACAUUUAAAGGACAUUUAUCUGAAGGGUACGGGCUUGACUGGUGUUCUACGGAACCUGGUGUUCUAGCUUCCGGAGACUGCAAAGGGAAUAUUCAUCUCUGGAAGCCAGGAAACGCCACUUGGAAUGUUGACCAGAGACCUUAUAAUUCUCAUGCUCCUCACAGUGUUGAAGAUAUUCAAUGGUCGCCAAGUGAGAAAAAUGUUUUAGCUUCUUGUUCUGUAGAUAAAAGCAUCAAAAUUUGGGACACAAGAGUAAAUCCACAAUCAGCAUGUAUGUUAACGGCAUCAGAUGCUCACACAGCUGAUGUAAACGUCAUUUCAUGGAAUAAAAAAGAAAGCUGUUUCAUUGUAUCUGGAGGAGAUGAUGGUGCGGUAAAAAUUUGGGAUUUACGACAAUUUUCAAAUAAAUCCGAGGCCGCUACUCCUGUGGCGACAUUUAAACAACACUUGACAGCAGUCACAACUGUCGAGUGGCAUCCAGACGAAUCUGCAGUCUUUGCAUCCGGUGGUGCAGAUGACCAAAUUGAUCAAUGGGAUCUAUCGGUGGAAUCAGACUCAGCCGCUGGUGAGAGCGAAUUGCCGAAUUUACCACCACAGUUAAUGUUUAUCCAUCAAGGUCAAUCGGAUGUCAAAGAAUUGCACUGGCACCCUCAGUGUCCCGGCACUCUGAUAUCGACAGCCGCUUCCGGCUUCAACAUUUUCCGGACGAUUAGUGUUUAA